GAGAGAAAAAAAAGGGGAAGAUUUACUUUCUCUCUGAUCUUACGCUGCAGAGGAAAGGUAGAUGAAGCCAAGAAAAUGGCAUUUGUUUAUGUGACGACCCCCCUCCUCUUCCAAUCCAAACUCCUCUGCCUCUCUCUCCUCUACCUCCUCACCACCCUCCCCCUCGCUCUCUACGUCUCCUUCUCCCAGUCCACCUGCCUCUUCCGAUCCCCAACGCCCUUCCCGACCUCCCGUCGCUUCUCCUACCCGCCAUCGUACUCCGUGCACAAGUACGCCCUCCCCACCGCCCACUCCGAUUGCUCCUCCUCCUCUGUUCCCUUCUCUGAUUACGGCAAGGUUCUGGACGAGAUCCGCGAUCGCUGCCGGAAUUCGACGUUCUCCCCUGUUCUGAGAUAUCUGGAGGGAAAAGGCGACAGCUUUUCCGGCAACUUCUCUGCCCAGAAGAGGAAGUCUUUCUUCCGUCACAGACAUGGCGAUCAGGUGGCGAUCCCGUGCGGAUUCUUGCAGGAAUUCCCGGUUAAGGAAUCUGAUAGGUUGGCCAUGGAGAAAUGCGACGGAGUGGUGGUCGUAUCGGCAAUCAUGGGCGACCACGAUAAAGUCCGGCAGCCAAGAGGCUUGGGAUCUCACACGUUCGCAUCGGUUUGCUUCUUCAUGUUCAUCGAUCAUGCCACCCGCAAAGUCCUCGUCGCCCACAACAUCCUCUCCGACAAGGAAGGGGAAGUGAACAUGAUCGGAGUGUGGAGGAUCGUGACACUCCGCGGUGGCCGAUUGCCCUACGACAGCCCGGCGAUGAACGGAGUGAUCCCCAAGCAUCUGGUGCACCGUCUCUUCCCCAAUUCCAAAUUCAGCGUGUGGCUCGACGCCAAGGUGCAGCUGACGGUGGAUCCUCUGCUUCUGAUCCACUCCCUCCUCGUAUUACCAGAUGCGGACACAGCGAUCCCGAAGCACCCGUUUAACACACACACCAUGGAGGAGGCCGUCGCGACUGCGAGGUGGAAGAAAUGGGCGGACGUCGAGUCGCUGAGGGUGCAAAUGGAGACAUACUGCGAGAAUGGGCUGCAGCCAUGGUCGACCAGCAAGCUUCCUUACGAAACAGAUGUUCCGGAUUCUGCACUGAUACUGAGGAGGCAUGGAUUGAGGAGCAACCUCUUCUCCUGCCUCCUCUUCAACGAGCUAGGAGCAUUCAACUACCGAGACCAACUCGCCUUCGCCUACGUUCGGGAUCUCAUGGUGCCCAAGAUCAAGAUCAACAUGUUCGAAUUCGAGGUCUUCGAGCACGUGACCGUGGAAUACAGGCACAACCUCAGGCCGGAAGGCAGCCAACGGUCCGUCAAGAUGGCUUCCUCGCGAGACGUCAAGGGCAGCAGCUGCGAUGACUACCUCUUAAAGAUGUCGCAGAUUAAAGUCAAUGCCCGCAGCAGUACGACAUUGAGGGACAGAUAAACUUGAGACUUUGCAGUGGCCGGGAAGGGUUGUGUUUGGCAUCUGGGGAAGGAGAUAUUGGUGUGCACUGCACCAGUUGAAUCUACUAAUUACAUUAUUUAAGAUUUUUUUUUGGUUUUUGUUUUCUGGUUGUAGAGUUGUAGUGAGGCACAACACAUAAACUAGAGACUUUGCGGUGGCCGGGAAGGGCUGUAUUUGGCAUC